AUGGAAGAAAUUUCAAUUUCGGAUUAUAAAAGUACAAUUUCUGCUAGGCCAGUUUUUAGUCGAACUGUUGGAUCAAUAUCUAGUCCAACUUAUGGUAUGACAACAGCAACCGGUGGUAGAAUCCUGAAAACCGUAACGGAAAUCGGUUCAUCAUCAUUGCAUAGUAGUGGUAUGUCACCAUUUGGACAAAAUGCUGCAUCAGCAAUACGUGAUACACGUGAACGGGAAAAAAAGGAAAUGAGCGAUUUAAAUGAUCGUCUUGCUUCCUACAUAGAAAAGGUACGCUUUCUUGAAGCACAAAACCGUAAAUUAGCUGCUGAUCUAAAUUUACUACGUGGUCGUUGGGGUAAAGAUUCUGUAAGUGUUCGUGCGAUGUAUGAAGGUGAACUACAGGAGGCACGGAAAAUAAUAAACGAUACGAAUAGCGAACGCGAAGAUUUAGAAAAACGAAUUCGGAAAUUGAUGGAUGACUUAACGGAAUACAAAAAACGAUAUGAUGAUGCACUUCGAGCACAUCAAGCUGAUCGAAAAUGCAUUGAUGAAUUGUUGGUAAAAUUAUCUGGUCUGGAAGCUGAAAUUAACCUUUUACGACGUCGGGUCAGUAGUUUGGAAGAAGAAGUAAGCCGUAUCAAACGAGAUAACUUGCAUUUUGUUAAUGAACUCAACAAAGCAAGAGCAGAUUUGGAUCAGGAAACGCUUAAUCGGAUCGAUUUUCAAAAUCAGGUGCAAACAUUACUGGAAGAAAUUGAUUUCAUGCGUCGUGUGCAUGAUCAGGAAAUUAAUGAGUUGCAAGCAAUGGCUGCACGUGAUACAACACCGGAAAACCGGGAAUAUUUCAAGAAUGAACUUUCAUCUGCAAUUCGUGAUAUUCGUGCUGAAUAUGAUCAAAUAUGCAAUAUGAAUCGAACAGAUAUGGAAUCAUGGUAUAAAUUAAAAGUACAAGAAAUUCAAACUCAAUCAACAAGACAAAACUUGGAACAAGGUUAUGCUAAAGAGGAGGUGAAGCGACUUCGUGUGCAACUUUCCGAGCUACGCGGAAAAUUAGCUGAUCUUGAAGGACGUAAUUCACUGCUAGAGAAGCAAAUGCAAGAAUUGAAUUAUCAAUUGGAAGAUGAUCAACGAUCCUAUGAAGCUGCCCUGAAUGAUCGAGAUGCCCAAAUCCGGAAAAUGCGGGAAGAAUGUCAAGCAUUAAUGAUGGAAUUGCAAAUGCUUUUAGACACCAAACAAACUUUAGAUGCUGAAAUAGCAAUUUAUCGAAAAAUGCUUGAAGGUGAAGAGAAUCGGGCCGGUUUACGUCAACUUGUUGAACAGGUUGUUAAAACACAUGGCCUUACGGAAGUUGGUGAAACCGAGACUAUACGUGUACUGAAAGGUGAAACAGCUAGUCGUACGUCAUUUCAACGUUCCGCCAAAGGAAAUGUUUCUAUACAGGAUGCUGCAUCAGAUGGUAAAUAUGUUUUAUUGGAGAAUACACAUCGUUCCAAGGAGGAAGCAAUUGGUGAAUGGAGAUUGAAACGAAAAAUUGAUGGUAAACGUGAAAUUGUAUACACUUUUCCAAGAGAUUUCAUUUUAAAACCUGGAAAAUCGGUUAAGAUCUGGGCUCGUGGCCAAGGAAUAUACAAUCCACCGGAUCAGUUAGUCUUUGAUGCGGAAGAAUCAUUCGGAAUUGGCUCUAAUGUACAAACCAUUCUCUUUAAUAAAGAGGGAGAGGAACGUGCAUCGCAUAUUCAACGCUCAAGUCAUACUGUCAAUUAA